AGGUAAAUAACAGUUCUUAGCUGUAAUUAUAUCCACGUGGCUGCUUUCUACUAAUUGUCAGGUUCAAAAUGACAUCGUCCCUCUGUUUCUAAUGCACAGCUGUUGAUAAUCAGUAGAAAUAUGUUUUGGAUACAAUUUAUUCCUUAUGCAGUAUCUGCCUUAUUGCGUUUAAAUUAAAAGCAGACGUGAGACCGUGCCGUGAGCAUUACGGGGACUUGGGGCUGCUUUCUGACCCACGUACCUCUCCUCCAGCCUGCAACAUCACCUGCCCCAUGGGCCGCAUCAACGCCGACUGCGACGCUUGCAUGUGCGAGGAUGCAACCCUGCACGGGAAGGUCUCCCUUGAGGAUGGAUCACCCGCUGCCGAUGCCCGGGUUUACCUGCAAGCCAAGAAACUCAAGCUGUUGACAACAGCUGAUAACAGGGGCAUGUUUAGGAUCCCAGGAGUCUGCCCUGAUGGCAAAAACAUCCUUAAAAUAAAGAAGGCUAAAUACGCAGCAGCGACUGUCACCGUGCCUAAGAGCAACAGAAGAAACCUGGCGAUCCAAGUGCAGCUGCAACGAUCAGGCAAACCCUACAUUUUCAGGAGCCCCGAGGACAAAGCGAGGAGAGUGGGACAGAGCGUGUCACUCUGCUGCGAUGCCCUCGGGAGCCCGGCCCCGGACCGCUACCUCUGGUACCACAACGGCUCACUGCUGGAUCCCUCCUUAUACAAAUAUAAAAACAACCUGAUUCUGAAGAACCUGAACAGAGACCAGUCAGGAGAGUAUUUCUGCAAGGCCAGCAGCGCCGGCGGGUCGGCAAAGUCCCAAUCUGCCAAGCUUGCUGUCAUAGGAAGACAAGAGGCAGCCUGCAACUCCCAACCCCAAAGCCACCUCAUCCGACUUCCACAUGACUGCUUCCAAAGGGCAACCAACUCCUUCUACUACAAUGUGGGCAAGUGCCCAGCGAAGACCUGCGCUGGGAAGCUGGAUAAGGGACUCCGGUGCAAGGACAACGUUGCCUAUUGCUGCGGGGUGUCCAAGAUGGAAACCAGAGACAUCUCCUGCAAUGGGUACACGCUCCCCACCAAAGUCGUCGUAGAAUGCGGCUGCAAAAAAUGCACCGAGACCAAAAUAACAGUUCGAGGCAGAGCCACAGCAGCAGAUAACGGUGAGCCACUGAGGUUUGGCCACAUCUACAUGGGGAACAAGAGAGUGAGCAUGACCGGCUACAAGGGAACCUUCUCCAUCCACGUCCCUGCAGACACAGAGAGACUGGUUCUAACUUUCGUCGAUCGGCUGCAGAAGUUUGUGAACACAACAAAAGUUCUGCCCUUCAAGGAAAACGGAGGUGCUGUGUUUCACGAGAUCAAGCUACUAAGAAAGAAACCCCCUGUUACGCUGGAAUCCACCGAAACCAACGUGAUAUCCUUGGGAGAAAUGGAAGAAGAUGAUCCAAUUGCUGAAUUAGAAAUCCCUCCCAAUGCCUUUUAUAGGAAAAACGGAGAAGCCUACAGAGGCAAAGUGAAAGCCAGUGUGACAUUUCUGGACCCAAGAAACAUCUCAACAGCCACUGUGACACAAAGCGACCUGAACUUUGUAGACGAGGAAGGAGACGUAUUCCCACUCCGUACAUACGGUAUGUUUUCCGUGGACUUCACUGACGAACAGGGCAUGGAGUCUCUUAAUGCAGAGGAGGUGAAAGUUCAUUUGGAUGCUGCUCAGGUCAAGAUGCCAGAGCACCUGCAAGAGAUGAAGCUUUGGUCACUGAACCCGGAGACAGGAUUAUGGGAGGAAGAAGGGGACUUCAACCUAGAGAAAAGCAGACGGCGCAAAAGAGAGGAGAGAACUUUUUUGGUAGGGAACAUGGAGAUCAAAGAAAGGCGACUUUUUAACCUGGAUGUCCCUGAGAGCAGACGGUGCUAUGUCAAAGUCCGGGCAUACAGAAGCGAGAGAUUUCUGCAAAGCGAGCAGAUCCAAGGGGUUGUGAUUUCUGUUAUAAACACGGAGCCACAGCCAGGGUUUUCCUCCAACCCCAGAGCAUGGGGCCGUUUUGACAGUGUGGUGACUGGUCCCAAUGGCGCCUGUGUGCCUGCCUUCUGUGACGAGCAAAACCCCGAGGCCUACACAGCUUAUAUGUUGGCAAGCAUGGGGGGCGAAGAGCUCGAAGCUGUGCCCUCUGCUCCCAAACUCAACCCUAAUGCUGUUGGCGUCCCACAGCCAUACCUCAACAAGCUCAACUACAGGAGAACAGACCACGAGGACUCUAACACUAAGAAAACGGCAUUCAGCAUUAACAUGGCCAAGCCAAGCCCUAAUUCCCCAGAAGAGAACAACGGCCCUAUUUAUGCCUACGAAAACUUAAAAGAAUGUGAGGAAGCGCCACACAAUGCUGCUCACUUCAGGUUUUACAGGAUAGAGGGAGACCAGUACGACUACAACACCGUUCCCUUCAGUGAAGAUGACCUCAUGAGCUGGACCGAUGACUACCUGGCAUGGUGGCCUAAGCCCAUGGAAUUCAGGGCCUGCUACAUUAAAGUAAAAAUAAACGGACCGCAAGAGGUGAACGUAAGGUCCCGUAACAUGGGUGGGACGCACCCGCGUACCAUUGGCAAGCUCUACGGCAUCAGGGACGUCCGCAGCAUUCGUGACUCCGAGCAGCCGAAUGUGUCAGCAGCCUGCCUGGAGUUCAAGUGCAGCGGCAUGCUCUUCGACCAAGACCGCGUGGACCGUACGCUUGUGAAAGUGGUCCCACAAGGCAGCUGCCGCCGAGAGAGCGUCAACAGCAUGCUCCACGAGUACCUGGUGAACCACCUCCCCAUGGCUACAAACAACGACUCCAGCGAGUACACAAUGCUGGCUCCUCUCGACCCGCUGGGACACAACUACGGCAUCUACACCGUCACUGACCAAGACCCGAGGAUCGCCAAGGAAAUCGCCCUGGGCAGGUGUUUUGAUGGCACGUCCGACGGUACCUCUAGAACUAUGAAGAGCAACAUCGGCGUCGGUUUGACUUUCACCUGUUCGGAGAGGAGCGCAGCAGAGCAAAGCAUCUUCCAGUCUCAGAGGAACUCGGGCCAGCAGUCCAUACUGGUUCUGCCAGGGCAGAGCCCUGCAUACCGACGGCAGCCGGCAACCCGCCGAACCACCCAAGGCAGGAUCCCAAUGAGAGGCCAACGUUCUCCCACAUACUAGAGCUGUAUAGGAGCCUUGAUAAAGUCGCUCGCACUUGAUUAAAUAUAAUUUGAAAGUAAUAUCUACCUGCUAAUAACCUAAUUCAAAGCUGGUAGGUGUCAUUAUUUUUGAGACAUAAUUAAAGUGCACUUUUUGUUUUUUUCCCCACCAGAAAGGAAAGGCGUAAGGCAAAAAUUAGGGGCCAGUAGCGGUAGUGGGUUCAUGUCUUAUUAAAUGCAUCCAUAAAAAUCUUCUUUCUGCCUGACAUUAAACAGCUUCACAUGAUAGCCUAAAGGGAAGACUAGACACGUAAUUCAAUUAAGUCAUGUACAUAAAACAUUCUUCUGUUCCGCAUCUGCAGACUUUGCCAGCCCAAGUACCUGUACAGUAGUUGGUAACAUGAAAAGGAGUAAACUGAUUUCCUCAUACUGAAUUCAACUGCAAGGUUUUGUACUUGAAAUGUAAGUAUUUUAUUUAUUUCUAGCUUGUUUUAGAAUGACUGUAUUCAAGCUAAACUACCAGCAGCUGCAUGUCUAAAAACUCGCGUGCUCGAUAGCGUGGAGAAGCCAUGCGGAUUUGUGGGCUACAUGUGGAUAAAUCUAGUUUUCUCUUGCUUCUUGCAUUAUUUGACAAGAAAAUCCAUGCUCUAUGAUAGGGUAGGUUAAUA